CUAAACCAAAAAUGAGCAUAAAAUGCAAAGGUAUGCGGCAUCGACCAGACAGUUUGUUUUCAUGGCUCGUUUGUGUUUGCGCCGCUGUAUGUCAAGCACUGAGCCUUGGUUUUGCUGUUAGCUAUGGAGUAUUGCUCCCUGAAAUUAUGAAGGAGUUUGGUGAAAGCCGGCAAAAAACUGUUUGGGUCGGAUCCUUUGCGUUAGGAUUGACUUUCUUUCUUGGUCCACUGGCAUCAUUUCUCUGCCAAACGAUCGGAUGUCGCUGCACAGCCAUACUUGGAUGUGCAAUAUGUAGUGCAAGCUUAUUCAUAACUGCAUAUUCUCCUGAUCUUCAAUGGAUGUUUCUAACUUAUGGCUUUUUGUAUGGUUCGGGUGCUUCACUGCUGUUUGCAUCUUACUUUCUAAUAACAGCGAAGAACUUUCGCAGGUGGCAGUUAUUCGCAGUAGGGAUCGUAUCGGUUGGGGGUAGCAUCGGAGUCCUAAUAAUAGGCCCUUUACUACGGCUCCUGAUUGACGUAUUUGGCUGGAGAGGAGCAUGCAGGAUCAUCAGUGCACCCCUCAUUGCUAUGUCUUGUGUCUGUGGAGCUACAUUUGGGGAUCCUAUCGAUUCAGAUUCUUUCCAAACCACCGCACAGAAUUAUAUUUUUGACGCACGUGAGUCUGCCAGGUUUGCCAUGGAAACAGCUAAUGUAAACAUGAACUUCGUGGAAGAUUUUGAAAAUUUAUCAGUUUAUAAGGACCAAACUGGCAAGAUUAAUGAAGAAGGAAAUGGAGCUGAUGGAAUUGAAUCACUGUCCGCAGUCACCUACCAGAAUGCUGAACAAAUAUCAUUUACAGUCAAAUCACGGCAAGUGGUGGCCAAAGAUAAUACCCCAUUAUCCAAAUUUUUAGACUUUUCCGUAUUUGCAGUUCCUUCUUACACUGUGGCGGUGAUGAGCCUUCUUUUGAUGAAUUUUGGUCAUUUCAUACCUCAGAUACAUCUGGUCAAGUAUUGCCUGGAGCUCGGUAUUUCUGCUGACUCACCAUCCACGCUUUUUAUUCUCCUUGGUUUAUCAUCGAGCGUGGCUCGCCUCGCAACAGGAAGGAUUUGUGACGUCACCUGGGUAAAUAUUAUUUAUGUUUACCAAUUUGGAGCUAUGCUCGACGGAUUCGCCAUCGUUGUUCUUCCAGUAAUUAGAAGUUACACAGCUUUUCAAGUGUUUGCUGUGAUUUAUGGCAUUGGCGAUGGCAUCUUUAUUACGACAAUGAACUGACUUCUGAUGUUCAGUGUGGAUGAGGAGCGCAGAGCAGCCGGGUUAGGCCUGGGCAAUAUACUUCUGUCACUUGGAAUAAUUUGCGGGUCACCUUUUGCAGGGUUCCUGGCUGACAUCUCUGAUCGCUAUACUUGGGCUUUUCUGGUGGCUGGUAUUGUGGUACUAGCAGCUGGUCUUGUGCCAUUAGUUAUGUUCUGCCUCAAAACGAAGAAGCAAUUUGACUUGACAAAGAAAACAGGAAAGGGUCCUGUGACUUUAUAUAGAGACGGCAACAAUUGUCAGCUACUGAAGCUUUAAGAGAUUGCUUUGAGAGACUAAAAUUGAGCAGUUUGUAUACAAGGUGCGUUAGAUAUGCAAGAAAGCCAAUAUCGCAACUUACAAGAAGUAUAUCAACUUUACCACCUGUAAUGCUGCUAGGGAAGGAAGUAAAGCCUUCCUCUGUUACCAAAGACUUGGGUGUACACAUCGGUUGUCACCUUAACUAUAACGAACAUAUUGCGAAAACUGCUUCAACCUGUACGUACAUGUUAAACCGCGUUAAUAGGAUAAAACAUCUCCUGGACAGUAAAACUCUUGUUUUCUUGAUGGACACUUUUAUAUUUAGUAGUUAUAUUAUUGCUCCACGGUUUGGAGCAACACGACAAAAGAAAACAUCAAAAAACUUCAAUUAAUCCAAAAUUUUGCAUGUAGAAUCGUUUUAGGCCUUAAGAAAUACGACGAUAUCACGGAAAGCCUGAAAUCCCUAAAUUGGCUCAAUGUGAACGAUAGACUGCUUACAAACGACUUAUUAAUGGUCCAUAAGUGUAUUCAUGACCAGAUACCCAGCUACCUUACUGGAAAAUUUAUUCAGCGUUGGAAGAUUCACGACAGAAACACUAGAUACAGGGGUGAAUUAGACCUCCCAAUUUGUAGAUUAAAAACAGGGCAACCAUCAUUUGCUUUUCGGAGUGCAAAGCAAUAUAAUAACCUUCCAAACGAGAUUAAGAAAACCUAUGACGUAAAAAAGUUUAAGGCUAAAGUCUAUAAUAAUUUUUUAAAUCUGUAAUUUUUAAUUUUAGCAUAUUAUGAUAUAUUCAUGUAAUUAGUUGUUAACAUUGACGGCGGAAGAGCCCCAGACAGGGAGCUGUUCAAAAAAAGUAUGUAUGUAUGUAUGUAUGUAUGUAUGUAUGUAUGUAUGUAUGUAUGUAUGUACGUAUGUAUCGGGCAGCUAGAAAUUUCUUGAGUACCAGGGGCUGUCCAUAAAUUGGAAUUUUUGUUUAAGAUGGGUUCGACGCCGGCGCCUUAUUGCGACACGGCGAAUGAUCUACUGUCACAUGAAGUUGCCUUGAGAAUAAAAAA